AUGACGGAACUAGAAAAGUUCAUCAAGGGGGGCAGCAGGGCCCAGGACUCCACGCACGGCUCCGCCGCUUCAGUCCCGGCCAAGUCCGCGGGAGUCCCGCAGAGCAUCUCUGGAGGUGGGGCGGAGCGGAGCGGGUCGUUCCUCGGCUUCCUGGCGCUGCCGCUCGGUGCCAGGCAGAGAGCAGCCAAGGCUGGCUGGCAGAGAACACCUUCGCCUGCGCUUCGUUGUCAUGGCUCCCCCUUCCUUCUAACAAACCUAACCCUUUCCCUCCCCCCCACCACUGCACCCCCUUUCCUUUCUCAGCUCAAGGCUCAAGCCCAGGGCAACUCGGAGGAGCUCAGGUGUCUCCUGCUGCUCAACAGGGUGCAGGAUUUGGAGGAGCUGGUCGGCAACCAGUCCUGCCUCAAGCUGGCUGGCAGGAUCAAGGAUUACGUGGCCACGGUGAUGAAGGACAUGAACCGAAUCCAGCAGGAGACUUCGAAGAAUUUGAGCAGCUCCUCAGAUCGGCAGCUGGCCGACAGGUGGCCAGGGAGCAGGCCCUCAGCCCACCUGACGCUUGGGAGGCAGCGGACGAGCCAGCCAGGAAGUCGCGGGCUCUUUGGAGAGCUGCAGCAGUCCUGCCAGCACCCCGUCUACCAGUGGAAGAACGCAACCAUGCACGCUCACCUGCAGAACGUCACCUACCUGGACGGCAAGCUGCAGGUCCACCAGCCGGGCAGGUACUAUGUCUACGCGCAGAUCUACUUCCGCUACCCCACCGAGAGCGCCCAUGUCCGUUCCUCCAGCCGCCAGCUGGUGCAGUGCGUCAACCUCCAGAGCAGCUACGGGCAGAACAGCCUGCUGCUGAAGGGCGUGGGCACCAAGUGCUGGGCGCAGGAUGCCACCUACGGGCUCUAUGCCCUUUACCAAGGUGGCCUCUUUGACCUUAAGGCCGGGGACAAGCUCUUUGUCUCUGUCUCCUCACUGGACAUCAACUACAACGAUGAGGCUGGCAGCUACUUUGGAGCCUUCCGCCUCCCCGGAUGAUGGAGGAGGACGCUGCCUGCCCCAGCAUCCUGAAGAUAUUGCCACCGCCAUUGCCUUUAGGAGCUGUCAGGGCACCUGAGCCCCCCAAAGACAUCCAGGGAGGGGCCCUGGGAUGCUCCCCCCUUCCCUUUCCCUUGCUUGUUUCCCCUCUCUCCUGGGCAAAUGGCCCCGAGAGGCAACAGCCAGGAAUAAUCGGGGCCUUUGGGGGACAGGAGACGGCCAGUCCUUCCCUCCUGGCAAGAGGAGGGGGAGGGGAGGGGAGCCAGUCCUUGACUACUGUCCCACUUGAGCUGUCGGCCCGCCCCCCCCAAAGGCAGCUGGCAGUCUGGUAUAGCUUUCAGAUGUCAAGGAGGGCUGCCUCUGCCCCCCCCCAUGCCUUCUUCUGCCUUUCCUUCCAACCCCAGAGUCCUUCCUGUAGUUUUGCUACUUCCAACCAUCCGAGGUGCUCUUGCUGGUUGUGCCCAAUGGAGGAGGCAGGUUUCCAGGACAGCACCUUGGGAGGAGAAGUAGGCCAGGAGGUCAGAGGCUGGCAUUUGCCUCCAGGGCAUCUUGCGAAAGAGAGAGGGAGGGAGGGAGGGAGGCACACCUUUCUGCUUCCUUUCCCUCGAGGGCCUGUGCCCAGCCUCACGGGAGCAAGUCCCCUUGGCACACCCUGGCAUUUCCAGUUUGCCGACUGCCUUUGCUUCAGUGACCUGGGUUGGAACGGCCUCAGGACGAGGAAGCCCCGGUAGGGGCUGCAGCCCUUUCCCUUUGGGGCUCUGAGAGUCGAGGGCUGGCAGGAAGAGGCUCCUUUAGCUGCUGGACAGCCAAGGAAAGGGCGGGCUUGUCUUCUGGGGGCCAAGUUUGGCGGGACCUCCUUGCAUCAACCUACACAGUGGGGUUGGCCUUGCAUUUCAGAGAGGGAAGCCGCUGAUUUCAGAAGCAGGAUUAGGAGGGACGGCUUUGUGGGAAAAGAUCAACAGAGCUCAAGACCCUUGACAGAAUCUGAGCAAGACCGACUUACGUUCCCUGUUGGCAAAGGCUGCCAGGCUGUGGUGGCCAGCCUUGGACCAGGUCAGGAUGUCGGUCCCUCUGGCCCAGAGUUGGCCAGCUCUCCUCUUAAGGUAUAACUGCUGACCCCCUGCUCCCUUUCAAGGGAAGAGGUCAAGGGUCCACCCCACCCCACCCCAUUCUUAAGACAUGCCCUGCACGGUUCUGUCCCAGCUCCCCAGCCGCAAGGGGAGGGCGUUCCUAGAGAGGGCCAGAGAGUGCAGAGGGACGAAACCACCGGUCCGGCAGGCCGUUUGAGUUCAGCCCAGGUGGGUGUUUUCUGCAGAACGGCUGGAAUAACUCAGCUAAGAGGAUCCCGUCUGUUGCAAAACCCUCUCUGAAGAAGAUUGUUCAGGAAAGGCCUUCCCAGGGGACCUGGCUUCUCUCAGCCCCACUCAGGAAAGCCAGAGGGAAACAAACGGGCUUCUCGGAGGCCGGGCGCGCCGGUGGGGAAGCAAGCUGCCAAAGGUGGAGCCUCAGGAAGCGAAAGGAAAUGUGCGAGGGUCAGCUGGGGCCACGGGGCCCUCCACUGUUUUUGUUUUCACUGGGUGGGUGGAGGAGGAAGAGGAGGGCUGGGAUGGUUAGGACAAGAGUUGGAUCCCCUGGCCUGUAACGGUCCUGCACUCUUCCUUUUGCCAAAGCGAAGUGGGGCUAAACUCCCAAGCAUGAAUCCACAGCCUUCCCAAGAGGAUUCAAAGGGCUCCUCAUUCACAAAGCAGCAAAGCAAAGGGGGGGGGGGAUGUCACGUGAAUGGGAUGCCGGAGGUCCAUUCUCAACCGCUGCAUUUUCCCCCACAUCGUUCCAGGCCACUGCUUUAGCUCUUGCGGGGUGAAGGGUUGCCCCUGCAAGGGACUGCAAGUCAGAUUCCAACCCCCCCCAGUGCCCGCCUACCCCCCGCCCCCAAAGUAUUCACGCCAGCUUCUGCAGAGCUUCAGGAAGGGGCUCCUUCAUCAUUCCCGCCUCCCAAAAGAGGGAGAGAGCAGCAGACUCAAGGAUCAAGCAUCAGGGUUAUUUGUUAUACGGUUUCCUUUACUCCUUCAUGGAAUCUCUUCCCCCAAAGCAACUUCAAAAGAAUAAUAUAAUAAAGUCUUUUUCUUCUAAACAGAA